GCCCGCUGCCUGAGCUUCAGACCAUGUACUCGUACAGCUGCCUAGAGCCCGGAGCGGGCGUCUGGCCUCCGCUGCAGCCCCUCACUUACUCCUACCCGUCCCGCCCUCUGCUGCUGCCCCUCAUCCACGCCCACAGCUGCUGCUGCCGGCUUCCGAGCCUGACCGCGGACGAGUGGCCGGCUCCGCGGGAAUACCACUGCUUCCACAGCCAAGGCGCGCCCCUGGCGGCCGCGCCGCCCUCGUGGGCCUUCCCGCAGACCUACGCCGCGGCCCUGCGCCCGCCUUACCCCACGCCCGGCUACCUGGGGCCAUUCCUACAGGGGUGCGCGGCGGAGGGGAUGGCGGCCGCCCAGCGCAACGCGCCGUGGCCCGAAGGCAGUAGCUUGCAGCUAGAGCUGCGAUGGGGCCGCCUGGAGCGCGCUCUGGGCCCGCGCCUCCAGCUGCCCGACGUGGUGCGGCGGGAGCUGCGGCGGAUGUACGGCACGUACCCGCGCACCGACGUGCGCGUCACCUACCGCGGCGGCCAGUUCCUGCUUCAGGCCGCGCCGCGCGUCCCCGAGCCUGAGUACAGUGUGCAGAGGCGCGUGCUUCGGCCGUCCGCCAGCAGCGGCAGCGAAGACAGCAGCCCGGCCGCUGAAGCGGCAGAGCGUGGCCGUCGGAGGAAGAGAAAAGGCCAGAGCUGAGGACGCUGAAGGGUCCGGUGGCCGGCCGGGUGAGCACGCGUGCGGCUCUCCUCCCCUGCGCGCCGCUGCCCACCCGCGACGAGGGAGACCUCCGCGGUGCGCGGGCGCUGGGUGCAUCUGUCACUCGCCUUUUUUUUUUUUUUUUUUUUUUUUUUUAACCAAAACUGCACGCCUCCCACCUGCUGCAUUUCCCCGAUUUCUCUCAUUUUAUUGCUGGAUGGCGGGGGGAGGGCUAGAAGAUUAUCAAGGACAUCUCUUCUUGUUUCUCUUCCCUUCCGCUUGGGCUUGGGAAGCCUGGGUUUGGGGUGGAAGAAGGGCCUGGGCCCUUUGUUUCGUCUCUCCCUCCUCCCCAUCUUAGAAGCCUGCCCUGCACCAAGCCCCCACUUUCCCUUUUUCCUCUCCUCCCUCUACCAAAGCUCCCAGAACUGCCCAAGUUCCUUCCCAAGCUGAGGGCCCACUCAUCCACAGAUUGUAGUGAAAAGUAAAUAAAUGAGUGAAGUGUAUGCUGCGAGAUCACUUUUCUGUUUGGGGUGAGUGCGGGUGUUCCCAUUUGUGUAUGUGAGCCCUACUUCCCUGCCUCUGGAAGAGCCCGUGUGCCUCCUCAUGGGCCGGGCCUACCUCCCUUCUUCAGCAGCUCUUCUCCAGUGUGAGGGACGACACACUCCUAGGCCCUGCAGCCAGCCAGGUGCCCCGCCACCCACGGAGGUAUUGCGAGAGCAUAAGCUCUUUUCUUGAAGCAUGGGUGGUAGGCGCAGCUGAGGAAGGAAUGCCUAGGAUGUAGAUUUAGGGCUGCCACUGACACUUUCUAGUCAUGUAACGAGUCUUUCUGAGCCUCAGUUUCUUCGUCUGUAGAAGCAUAAUAUCAACCUAGUCUACCUGGAAAGUUCACUAGGGUUGAAAUUUAAGAUGAAUGUCACUUUUCGCCUCCUAAUUCUUGCUAACCGUCUUUAACAGGCUGAAUUUGCAGUAUUCCAGAAGUUUGCGGGAGGGGUAGGCCACACAUCCUAUGUGAACUAUGGGUCUGACCAGACCCCACAUCUGAUGCCCAUGCUGUACAAAUUUGGCUCCUCGUUAAAUUGCUUUUACUGAACUUCCACUUGUUGGAUGGAAACAGCUAGCCUGGGUAUACAGGUAUGUUAUUGAAGCUGUGCACCCCUUGACUGAUUACUGCUAUAUCUGUGAACUUCAUGGAGACGUUCUCUCAAGCCUCACUACUUGGGAAGGGUGUUUCUCCUAAUGAGUGGUUUACUUUUAUCUUGGAAGCACCAAGUAUCUCAUAACUGGUCAUAUUUUUCUCUUUGCCCUGGCUUCUAGGGAACUCAGAGGCAAAUUUGCUUAGCAUCUUUUGUGUAAAGCCUGGAUCAUGAAAUUAGGAUCAUCCCUAAUUUCAUCUUAUUUUCCUUUCCUUUUUUUUUUUUUUUAAUUAUAAAAAUACAGGGAGGUGGUGUAAUGAGUCUGCUGUGUGACCUUAGGUAAAUUGCUUAAUGUCCCUGAACCAAUUUCCUCAUCACAAAUGGGGGUGAUGGGGACUUCUAUCUCAUGAGGUUAUUGAGAAGAUGCCAUGAAAUGCACAAAAUGUUUACCACAGCGUCUGGCAUGUAUUAAGUGCUCAAAUGUUAGUGUUUGUUUUUAAAAUAAAAUAGUUGGCUAUAUAGAAAUAUAUCAAAUAGGAUAAAAGUCUUUUUUAUAUCCUCAACCCCAAAUGAUAAGUAGGUUCCAACCUAUUAUUUUUCCAAUUUUUUUUUUCUGUGCACAUAAUAUUAAUUGCAUAAAAGGAAUUUCACCGUUUUACCUGUUACAUUUUACAGUAAGUAUAUUUUGGACAUCAUUCCAUGGUAGUGUACCUGGAGCUACCUCAUUCUUUAACAGCCACCCAAUAUUCCAUAGCAUUUGGAUUCUUUCCAGGUUUUAGCUGUUAAAAGUCCAUCCAACAAAUGUUUUGAGUGCUUAUUAUUUUUUUAAGUUUAUUUAUUUUGAGAGAGGGAGAGAGUGAGCGAGCAGGGGAGGGGCAGAGAGAGAGGGAGACACAGAAUCUGAAGCAGGCCCCAGGGCCUGAUGUGAGGCCUGCACUCACGAACUGUGAGAUCAUGACCUGAGCCAAAGUCAGAAGCUUAUCCGACUGAGCCGCCCAGGCACCCCGUGAGGGCUUAUGAUUUGCCAGGAACUGUUCUAGACCCUGAGGAUACAGUGAUGAAUGAGACAGCCAUGGCAGUUUCUGCCUGUACGAAGCUUACAUUUUAGGGGGAGAAAUGAGGAUGGGGUAACAGGCAAAUAGAUGAAGGGAAGUUGUUAUAAGUACUACAGCAGGAAUAAGAGGCUGAAAUAGAAAAUGUGAGCAGAGUAGUGGAGCCUAGAAUAAGAUAAUCAAGGAAGGUUUCUCCGAGGAGGUGACGUUUAAGUUGAGAUCUAAAGAAUGUGAAAAAGGUAGCCAUGCAAAGAGAAGGGUGAGGGAGAAACCAGGCAAAGGGUAUAGUGGGUUAUCUGUGGGAAUAUAGUGGGAAUGAAGAAAGUUAUCUUCAUUCACUCAGGAGGCAGGUGAGAAUCCAUAGCAUGCCAGGCCUCAUUCCAGGCACUGGGGUUACAGGAGAGAAGCAAACAAGUCCCUGCCCUCAUGGAGCUUAUUUUAGAAGUGUAACACAGAGAAACAGAGACUGACAACAAGCAAAUGGGUGAAACUAUGAUGUAAUAUCAGAUAGUGAUAAAUGACGUGAUGCUCUUUUUUUUUUUUUUUUUUU